AUGCGAGUCUCAUUGACAUCCCUGGCCUUCUUGUUGGCAUGCCUCCACAAUGGGCAUUGCUUACAAGCUUCGGAUAUCCCUGCCGAUAUGCCUCUAUCUUCCUUAAUCUCGUCAGCAAAAUCCCACCUCGCAGGAGGUUCUCCGCGAAACGCUCUUCUCUAUUUUGAUGCCGCUAUCGCGCGGGAUCCGACCAAUUACCUUACUAUCUUUCAACGCGGGGCUACAUAUCUUUCCCUUGGACGAGACGCACAGGCGGCGGAUGACUUUAACCGUGUAUUGGAUCUCAAACCUGAUUUUGAGGAAGCCCUGAUUCAGCGUGCCCGUAUCAAGACGAGAUCUGCGGAUUGGGCUGGCGCAAAGAAAGACCUCGACAAGGCCGGUAAGCGAUCCUCAGCCGAAUACAAGGAGCUUGAGGAAGCACAAACUGCUGCUGGACUAGCAGAGGAAGCUGAAAGAAAAGGUGAUUGGGAGACCUGUGUGACUCAGGCGGGGAUAGCCAUCAUGAAGGCGAAUACUGCUUUGAGUCUGCGACAGACACGGGCACGAUGCCGCUUUGAGAAGGGCGACAUUCAGGAAGCCCUUAGUGACCUGGGCCAUGUUCUUCACAUUUCUCCCGGCUCGGUGGAACCACAUCUGCAGAUCUCCUCGAUGCUUUUUUACGCGUUGGGGGAUACUGAUCGUGGUGUAGCCCAAAUCCGAAAAUGCCUGCAUUCCGACCCGGACUCUAAGGCCUGUAGCCGUCUUUUCCGCAGGCAAAAACAGCUUGUCAAGAGACUGGAGAAGCUCUUGAACCUCAUGGAGAAACGAAAAUUCAGCAAUGCGGCGAACCUGAUGGUUGGAAAUCAAGAAGAGAGUGGUCUGAUAGAGGAUGUCAAGCAGGAUGUGAAAGAAGCCAGAGAGUCUGGUCUCAUCCAUCCUAAGGCUCCUGAUAAUCUGUACAUAUUCCUGAUUGAGAGCGCUUGUGAGGCUUAUCGAGGUAUGAGCUUGCAAAAACCGGCGAAGACCUACUGCUCUGAGGCAUUACAACGUAAUCCUCAAUCUCUUCAUGGCCUCCUCUUCCAGGCCCAGGUCUUCCUUGAUGAGGACAAUUUUGAAAAGGCGAUUGAUACGCUCAACACUGCCAAGGAGUAUCACCAGAACUCCGGUGAAAUCCAGGAUCUUCUGCAAAAGGCGCAUGUCUUGCUAAAGAGAUCGAAACAGAAGGACUACUAUAAGGUUUUGGGAGUGAGCCGUGACGCAGAUGAGCGGACCAUCAAGCGGGCUUAUCGGAAGCUCACGAAAAUCUAUCAUCCAGACAAGGCUAUUGCCCAAGGCAUGACUAAGGAGGAAGCUGAGAAGAAGAUGGCCGCUAUAAACGAAGCCUAUGAAGUCCUCUCUGACCCCGAACUGAAGGGCCGCUACGACAGUGGUGACGAUCCCAACGAUCCCCAUUCUCAAAGGGGAGGCAAUCCGUUCCAAGGCUACCCCUUUGGUCAGGGACAUGGGCGGCAGCAAUUUUUCUUCCAGCAAGGAGGUGGACCGCAAUUCAAAUUCACAGGCCAAGGAUUCAACUUUCCUGGCGGAUUUCCCUUUGGCUAG